UGAACACCCGUUUUGCGAUGCCCUGAUGGCGGCACCUCAUCCCCAUGAUACUGACUUGUCAGCGUUUCAUGGCUAUGCGAACUUCGCGAGUUGGGCAGCACAUGGCUCUUUCACCAAAGUCAAAACUCUAGCGAAUGCCAUCCAUGGAAAGGUCAUCCUGCAUCGUUGGAUGAAGCCCAAUGGCAUGGAGCAGGACGUGGUGGUUAAGAAAAUGCCACGCGAGAAUGUGCUUCAAAACCAGGGAAAGUGGACCAACGAGUCGUGGUCUCACCGGAAUCCUCGAUCUAUGCAUUGCCCUCACCCAGAGGAUGCACUCACCGAAAUUGGCGUACUAUCCUAUCUGAGGCAACAAGAAGAUCUACCGCUCUUUUUGUUGCGAAUGAUGGGUUCCUUCACUGACGGUUGCAAUGUAUUUCUCGUGACCGAGUUGAUUCAAGAUGGCGAGGUGUUCCAACAGGUCCAAGACCGUCACUUAGACAACAGUGAAGGCGUACUCCGGCAGCUUAUGUGGCAGCUCUUGCAUGCCGUGCGGUAUCUGCAUCACCAUGACAUAGGUCACCGAGACAUCUCCCUGGAAAACGUGUUGAUCGCCAUGCCAGCAGAGGGCCGGCCACCGUCUCUUCGGCUCAUGGACUUUGGCCAGGCAGUGAGAACCCGCUCAAGGUGCCGAAAUGUGGCGCUCAGGUAUUUUAGAACGGUCGGGAAACCCUACUACAGGAGUCCUGAAGCUUAUGUGCCACGGAGUGAAACGGUCAGAGUAACUGCUCCUGCUGCUGCAGCUGCCGGUGACGUGAUGUUUCUUGAUAGUCUGGGGCCCACUGGAGCUCCAGAUGGUUUUUCGUGCGAGGUUCGGCUACCGGCGGACGUUCGGCCUGAAGAGCCUUGCGAUGCCGAAGUUUGGGGCUAUGAGGUGCCUCCCCUUGAUGUCUUUGCUUUGGGCGUUUGCCUCUUCAUUUUAGCGUGGCGCAUUCCGCCAUGGGGUCAAGCCCUUCGGCUAGAUGGGACUUUUCAAUACAUUCAAGCACAUGGAAUCCGACAAUUACUUACCGUAUGGAGAUUGCCGCUGCUCUCGCCGGAGGCAAUGGCACUGCUGACCGAAAUGAUGGCAGCAAAUCCACAACGCCGGCCUUCGGCGGAAGACUGUCUAGCAUCUGAAUGGUUACGUCCGCUGGCAGAGGCCCAGGUGCCUGUUCAUGCUGCCGAGGAUGAUGUAGUAGACCCUGCUGUGGCGGCGAUGGCGAGUAUGGAGAUCGCGGCUGAACGGAGAAUGGUCAAUUGGGGUGAUACCUGGGCAGAUGAUUUGCGCACUGCUGUGAGAGACAUCCAAGAGACCGGCUACCGCAUCACUGACGCUCAUGGACAGCAGCGGAACGAAAUACCUGGGCACCCUGGUCAGUUGGAAGACGUGCCAUUGCCGAGUGAAUUCCCACUUUGUGUCAGUGUGAACUAGCCCUAGCCCGCAAGGCAUCAGGAGGAUAUGGUGACUUCGGAAUGACGCCUCCGUAGCCCUGAAGUAGGUUGUUGUCCAUGCAUGCGUGCUAGUGCAACGACGG